UUGUAGUUAAAAUGGCGACAGUGUGUAACAAAAUACUUCCGCUAUUUCAACUUAGAAUGGUUCUUUUGCAAUAAGGAUUUUAUAGAUCUACAUAGAAAAUCGCGAAUAUAGAUCUAGAUCUAUAUAGAUCUAGUUGAAAAUGACAGAAAGAAGAUUUGCCGGUGUUCUUCAGGGCAAAGGAAAGGCCGCAUUAAUGAGAGAAUCGGUUUCUCAGGCUUUGAGGGAGAGUGCCAUUCAGUCUAGGCCAAAAUUAGUAGAGCCAGUGGACUAUGAAAAUUUUGUGGUCAAGAACAAAGUCCUUCUCCACAAUGACCCUCAGAGAGAUAUGCUCAAUUUUCCACAUGAUGAUGUCCUGUUACCACCUCCUAAUCCAGUUCGCAAGAUCAGAACAGCUGUGUCCACUGUGCCUGCAAAUGCUGUCCAGGAAGUAUCCAGUCUGAUGGUGAAAGAGUGCCUGAAGACCUACACCAGUGAGCUACAGAUGGUCAAGUUCAAGUACCAGGCUUAUGCUGGGAGUUAUCAACAGUUACCAAAUGUUUCCAAGAAAGAACCCCUCCAGGAACACAUAUUUGAAAUUGAUGCAGAUGUGGAAGAAAGAGAUGAUGACACACUCAGCCAUGGCUUUAUGUCAAGUAUCACAAAGAAGGGAUGGCUGCUCAAGGGUCCCAGUGGUGGCAAGGACAACAUCAUUAGCUUCUCCAAGUUCAAGAAGAGACAUUUUGUACUGAAGCAGCAGUCAGACUUUACAUACACUCUAGAAAUCUACAAAGAUGACAAGAAGUCUGAUGCCAAGGAAACCAUUUUUCUAGAUUUGGCCAGCGAAGUGGUAAAAAAUCCAAAGAAAGGAAAAUUCUGUUUUGAAAUCAAGAUGAAUAACAAGAGUCCAUCUUGUUUGCUGGCAGCAGAAAGUGAAGCGGAGGCCAAUGAUUGGAUAACAACAUUAAACAAAGUGAUCAAUGCAGCAGACACAGCCUCACAGACAUCGAGAGAAAGUAUUAAAGAGGAGAAUACCCCUUCAGGUACACCAGACAAUUAUAAAGAAAGCAGUAUCAAUCAUCCAGUUGUUAAGGAUGUUCUCUGGGAUCUGAACACAGAUUCCUAUGAUUCAAUCACUGAUGCUAGCACGGAGCCAGUGAUCGCUCCCCGCAGACCACCUCCUCCACCCCCACCUUCUUCCUCCUCUAUGUCAGCACCUCUCCCUCAGCCCACCCCUACUCCCCUUUUAGCUUCCAUUGCCUCUCCCUCCCUGCCUGUGGUAGAAGUGACUGACUCUUCUUUACAGGUCUCGGAAAGUGGUAUUGAGUUUAAAGAGCCCCUUCCAGUGGCUAAAGUAGUCAGGAGAAAAAAAACUGGGUAUUGUCGAGAAACAGACUCAUCUCUGGCUAAAGCAAGACAAGAAGCACGACAAAAUCUGUUUGGCAUUUAUCCAGAUAUGAGGCGCAAUGUAUUUGAUGAAGAUAUUCCUGAUGAGGAGGAAACAGUGGUUGAUGUCUUCCCACAGCAGUACGCUGACAAGUUUUUGAUACGCCUGGAGGAGCUCAAGUUUCAUUUACAGCUCAAUCUGGCAGAUGAGGGCAAAGGGAAUAAAAAGUGCAAUCCUGAACCUUUUUUCCUGACCUUUGCCUUGUAUGAUGCUAGAGAAGGGAAAAAAAUCUCUGAAGAUUUUCACCUUGACCCUAAUGAGCCUGAGAUCAGAGGCAUGAUUCCAACAGAGUUGUUUGCUCCCCCUGAUAGGCUGAGUCAGGCUGGGAAAGAGCCCAUGUCACCUGAUGGGAACAGUUUCAGGUCGGAGUGGGUGGCUCAGCCCAGCAGACAGGGCAUAUUUUCUAUAGUGCGUAGACAUCAAGAUAUCUACUUAGUUGCUCGGAUAGAGAAAGUCUUGCAGGGACCUAUCAAUCAGUGUCUAGAGCCAUACCUCAAAGGCAGUGAUCCCAAAACAGCAGUGAAGCAGUACAGACAGAUGAGACAGUUCUGCUCACACAUUGGUCACUACAGGAUGCCCUUUGCCUGGUCAGCCAUAGCUCUGUCUCCCGAUGGGGCCAUGCCUCGAGGAAGAACAAAACUGCCUCUUUACAGACAAGAGAAUUCCAAGUUUUCUGAGGAAGAAGUCAUAAAACUUCUCAACGAUUUGAAAAAGCCAGAAAAAAAAUCUAAACUUCAAGAAAUUCCUGGUGACUUUAAAAUAUUUUUUGAUCAGAUUGAUCCAGAAAAGCAUAUAGAUUAUACAUUAACUCCUUCUUUAGUUCCUGUCAAGCCAUUCAGUGAGCCUGCAGUCGGUAGUUUACCAACACUAGAGAUAGAAGAGUUUGUGCCAGAUGAUGCCAGGCUAUGCAGUCCUUUUAAUUCUUAUGUUAAUAACCUUUAUGUCCGACCGAUGUCCUUGAAGUAUGAUGGUCAGAAAGCAUUUGCAAAGGCUCGAAACAUUGCCUGUUGUAUAGAGCUACGAGAUUCAGAUGAAGAAGGGACAGUGCCACUUAAAAGAAUCUAUGGCAGGCCAGGAGUGUCAGUGUUAACCCCAACAGCUAGUACUACAGUAUUACAUCACAACCAGAUACCUGACUUUAUGGAAGAGGUCAAGAUCUGUUUACCCGUCCAGCUGAAAGAGAAACACCACUUAUUUUUCCGUUUCUACCAUGUGAGCUGUGAGGCCUCAAAGGCUGUAGGUAAGACCAGCUCCAUCAAGAAGAAGGAAGCUAUAGAGAUGCCAGUAGGAUAUGCAUGGAUGCCCUUGUUGCAGGAGGGCAGGAUUGUGACAGGAGAUAAAUCUCUAGCUGUGGCAGCAACUGUUCCAGCAUUGUAUCUUAACUAUGAUUCUUUAGGCAAGUCCACUGGUGGUGACCUGAAGUGGGUGGAUGGAGGGAAGCCAUUGUUUAAAUUUAACUUGAACUUGGUCUCAACAGUCUACACAAAGGAUCAGCAUCUUCACAAUUUCUUCUUCCAUUGUCAAAAAGUAGAUCAAGGUGGACCACAGUCAAUAGAGAACAAUGUCAACAAGGUCAAGCUGGAAAAUGGUGAUUGUGGGCCACAAGGGGAUGCAAUGCAUAUUGCACCUUUGGAUUUGCAGACCCUGCUAAAUGGGGUCAAGUCUCUUCUGGCCGUGGAGGUGUCCACCUAUGUCAGAUUUCUGCCCACUUUGUUGAACCAGUUAUUUCAGUUACUGGGCAAGACUGUCAGUGAAGAUAUAGCUGUCAAUUCAGUCAGAGUACUAAUUCAUGUUGUGUCUGGAGUUCAUGAGGCAGAGAAACAAGAAGCUCUAGAAAAAUAUGUCAAGUACAUGUUCAGACCAGAGCCUGCCUCCAAGACAAACAAAAGUCAGAAAACUGUUCACGAGGAGCUGGCCAAACAUUUGAACUCUAUCCUGCGUCCAGCCAACACUGACCCUCUAGUUGUGUUGAGUUUUCUCAAACAUGCCUGGUUCUUCUUUGAAGUGCUUUUGAAGAGUAUGACACUCUAUUUGAUUGAUUCAGACAGGGUCAAGAUGCCAAGAAAUGAAAGAUUUGCAGCUGAAUGCCAGUACAGGAUUCAGCAUCUCCUCCAGGCUGUUACCCUGCACAUCAUCCAGAAGUCCAGAGACCAUAAGGAGGAAACCAAGAAUGCCAAUCACAGCCUGGCUAACUUUGUCAAGAAUUGUUUCACACUGAUGGACAGAGGCUAUGUUUUUAAGAUGAUUUCCAAGUACAUAGAAAACUUUAAUCCAGGAGACAGCAAGACUCUCCAUGAUAUCAAGUUUGAGUUCUUACGUAUAGUGUGCAGCCAUGAACAUUUUAUACCACUGUCAUUACCUCUCAUGAGACGGGGAAUGGUGAAAAAUUUUAAAGAGCUUUUUAAAACACAAGAAUAUCUGAGACAUGACUACUGUCUGUCAGAUGAGUUCAGGCAGAACCACUACCUUGUCGGCCUGCUGCUGUUUGAGCUGCGCUUAGCCAUGACUGAGCAGAGGGCCAUUAGGCGGUCAGCCAUCACAGUGUUGAGGAACCAGCUGGCAAAGCACUCAUUUGAUGAUAGAUAUGCCACAUUGAAUCAACAAGGAAGAAUAGCUGCCCUUUACCUCCCCUUGAUUGGGGUCCUGUUGGAUAGCAAAAACUUGUUACUUCAGCUUGUUCCUAAUUCUAAGUCAGCCCCAGCACCAGCUCCACAGAAUGGAGAGAUUUCUUCCAGGUCUGAUGUGAGUAAGUCUCAGAUGAGUCUGUCUAAAGGUCAGAGUUCACCUGUUCCCGGCACUCCAGAGACCAAGAAGAAAGAGUCUGCUGUGUUUGCUAUGAUUUCAGGGACUGGUGAGUUGUCGGUGGCUGUCCCUCACAACCCUAAUGAACUCUCUGUGGUCAACUCUACUGCUCUAAAUGGUAGCAACACCUCACUGGCCAGUGAUGACUCUGGAGACAAGGAAAUAUCAAACAAGAAAGAUGGCAAAAUUGUCACAAGAAUGCCUUCCAAGCAGACAACUUACAUGAGUCGCUAUGAUAAACUGGAUCAGACUGAGAUCAGAGAUCUGUUGGUUUGUUUCAUGUACAUCUUGAAACAUUUACCUGAAGAUAUUUUGCUUGGCUGGUUCAACAAUUCAUCAGAAAUAGACAUUAUAGAUUUCUUCUCAUUAUUGGAACUGUGUUUGAAACAUUUCCAGUAUCAAGGAAGAAAGAAAAUUGUCACUUUGAGUAUGAUAGGUGGUCAGAAGUCAUCCACCAUGCCUACACCUCUACAGAAUCAGCGAGGACGUCCCAUCAGCCUUUCAUCUCAGCGCACCCCAAGUCAAUAUGGAGACAUGAUCUCAGAGGGCUUUCAUACACCAUCUCACUCUGAUGCUGAUGCUAUGAUCAGAGCCUUACAGGAAGCAAACAUCUCUACAGAGAUUGGUCUCAUUGUUCUAGAUGUCCUUAGUUUAUUCUGUACUACGUUUAAGAAAGAUCUAGAAGCCAGAGGGGGAGACAACAAUAUGAUGCACACUGUGUUUCAGCUGUAUCUUGGAUUCCUCAGAUCAAGUCAGUCAGAAAACUUACAGAAACAUAUGUUUGGGGCAUGGAGAGCUUUUAUUAAAAAAUUCCAGGCUGUGUUGUUCAAAGGUAGUGCUGAUAUGUGUGGUGAACUUUGCUACGAGAUACUCAAGUGCUGUAACUCCAAGUUAAACUCAACCCGUCGUGAAGCUUGUGCCUUGCUGUAUCUACUGAUGAGGAGCAACUUUGAGUUCUCUAAUCGCAAAAGUUUUACGAGAGUACAUCUGCAGGUGAUCAUCUCAGUGUCCAAACUGAUUGGCUCUGUGGUGGGUUUGAGUACCAGCAGAUUUCAGGAGAGUCUAGCCAUAGUCAACAACUAUGCCAACAGUGACAAAAGUAUACAGUUCAUUGAUCAAAAGGAUUUUGUAAAAACACCUUUCCCUGGAGAAGUGCGUGACUUGACCAAAAGAAUCAGGACAGUCCUGAUGGCCACUGCUCAGAUGAAGGAGAAUGAGAAUGACCCAGAGCUUCUUGUAGACCUGCAGUACAGUCUGGCCAAGUCAUAUGCUAGCACUCCAGAACUGAGAAAAACCUGGCUAGACGCCAUGGCCAAACUUCACAUCAGACGUGGAGAUUUCUCUGAGGCUGGCUUCUGUUACAUUCAUAUAGCUGCACUUAUAGCUGAGUACUUGAAACGAAGAGGAAAGUUAAAGUCUAGGAGUUAUCCUCAAGGCUGCUCCUCAUUUCAUUUUAUCUCCCCUAACAUAGUUGUAGAGGAGGCAGAUAUCAAAGAUGACAGUGGCAUGCAGGAUGUUCAGUACACAGAGGAAACUUUGGUAGAAUUUUUGGAAAAAGGUGCUGAGUAUCUGGAGAAGGCUCAGCGUUUUGAAAUCCUUGGAGACAUUUACAAACUUAUCAUUCCCAUCUACGAGAAACUCAGAAAUUUUAAGAAACUGGAGACCAGCUAUCAGUACCUGGCCAAAGCUUAUGGCAGUGUUAUAGAGGUCAUGAGAUCAGGCAAGAGACUUCUGGGGAAAUAUUACAUGGUCACUCUGUAUGGUCAGACUUACUUUGAGGAUGAAGAUAAGAAAGAAUACAUCUACAAGGAACCCAAGGUCACAACAUUGACAGAGAUUAGAGAAAGACUUCACAGAUUGUUUUCUGACAAAUUUGGAAGGGAAAAUGUACAUAUGAUCAAUGACUCUAAGAAGAUUUCACCAAAUGAACUUGAUUCAAAGUAUGCUUAUAUCCAGAUUAUUUAUGUGACCCCAUACUUUGAGGAGAAUGAUCUUGUAAACAGGGUGACAGACUUUGAGCGUAACAAUAAUGUGCGCAACUUUAUGUACGAACUUCCAUUUACCAGGUCAGGCAAGGAGCAGGGAAGCAUAGAGGAGCAGCAUAAGCGACGCUUCAUUAUUACCACCACUCAUUCAUUCCCUUAUGUGAAGAAGAGGAUUGAGGUGAAAGAAGGUGGAAGGAAAGAGAUAGUCCUGACCCCAAUUGAGGUGGCCAUUGAUGAGAUGAGGACUAAAGUGUCUGACCUGAGGGAGGCCAUCAAUAGCCCUGUCCCAGACAAGAUUGGUCUACAGCUGAAAUUGCAGGGUGGUGUCAGCACACAGGUCAAUGCUGGUCCACUGGCCUAUGCCGAAGCAUUCUUGAACCGAGAGAAAAUCUCCCAGUACCCAGCCGACCAGUGUGAUAGACUCAAGGCAGUGUUCAGAGAUUUUGUGACCACCUGCAAAGAUGCCCUUGACCUGAAUGCCAAGUUGAUAGCCACAGAACAGAAGGAGUACCAUGAGUCUCUCAAAGCUGGGUUCCAGGAAAUAGCAGAGAGGUUAUCUAACUUGUUGGGAGAGAAGGUUGUGUUUGCAGAAGUGAAACAUGGUCGCACAGAUAGUUCCGCUUGAUUGGAUGAGUAACCAGCAAAGACAGUCCAUGACUUUCAUUGGUGGACUUGCUGGUUCAAGUUCUGCUUGAUGGGAUCACUGGACACUUCUCAGGAACUUGUCUUGGGACAUCUCUUGCUACAUCUUGGGACUUCAUGUGCAAUGUUUCAUUUUGUGGUUUCAGUUAUAGAAAGGGGGGUUAACUUUGACGAGAUAUUGAAGAUUUUUUUUUUUUUAUUGAAAAAAGAAUAAUCAAGUAACUGUGUUACGAUGGUAAGUCUUGAGGACUUAGUUCAAACUGCAGCAUCAGAAAAGUUAAAUCUUCAAGUAACAACCAAAGAACAAGAUGAGAAUGAACAUCCAAAUAAAUUGUGCUACAAACUGAAACCACUUCUGUUUGGCUGUGUUUACAAUAGAUCUGAAGUAUUGAAAUCAUGUUGAUUUCAUGCGAUUGCUACAUCUGGUCCACAUUCUUCUUCCAGCCAAUCUUUGGGUUUGAAUUAUUUUCUUUUUUCUCUGUAUUGUUGUAAAUAUUUUUAAUAGUCAAAUUUGUGUACAGCCCAAAACAUAAUUCAUGGUGAUUUAUCUUUUCAGUGUUUUUUUUUUCUCUUUUGCAUUUGUAAUAUAUGUUUGUUCUUUUGCCAAAAAUUCAGUGCUUUAGAAGUGUUUCAAUAGUACUAACUGUGAGAACAUGGUACCUAUUAUUAAUUUCAGCAGUUUUCAGUCAUAUUUUCAAAUCCUUGCUUUUGAAAUUUUGUUGGAAAGCCAAAACAGCAUUUCACUUGACUUAAAGUCAUUGUGUUUUAGCUUUUAAUGGUUUUGUGGGUUAACUUGAAUUGAUUCAGGGGCAAUAAUUUCUUUUUGCACUAGCAACACAAGUUUAAAGCUUUGAGUUACUUCCCUUAGCUGUCUUUUUUUUUCUAGAGUCUGUGUAGUCAGAUGACUACUGACCUUCUUUUGAUUUUUUUUUAAUGAUCUAUUCAAGUAGACCAUAAGGGGAUUUUUGUUUAUAAAUAAAUGAAUCACAGUAAUUAAUAAUCCACUUUACAUUCACAAGACAUCUCUUUAAUUAGAGAGAAAAAGAAGACAUAACAAUAUGAAGAAAUGUGGGUAUGAUUUAAAUGAAAUUAAGAUUGGUGCAGACUUGGAAAUACAUUCACAUAAUAAACCAAUGUCAAGGAUGCAUAUUUGCAAAAAAAUUGUUGCCAGAUAAAAUUAUAAAUUACAUUUUGUUACAAGUGAAUGAGAUUAGAAAUUUAAUUCUUUAGUAAUCCUUUAGAAUGCACAAAAAUUAUAUGCCAUUUAAAAUGCCUAGCUUGUCUAUGCUUCUGUAUUCACUACACUGCAUACAUCAAAAAAUGUAGCUAUAAAUAAAUAGCCCACCUCUUAGGAACAUUCUCCCAUUACUUCUGGGUUUGUAACAUUUUCUGUAAUCCGAACUAUUGACUUUCAUAUUUUCUGUUUUCUGAACUAUUGACUUUCAUAUUUUCUGUUUUCUGAACUAUUGACCUUCAUAUUUUCUGACAUUAAAAUGUAUUUGAUUUUACUGGGUUGUUUUUUUUUUAUUUACUUCUUGCUGACUUGAACAAAGUUCAAACUGUGAUAACUGUUUCUUAUUGUUUUGACUGGUUACUUCCCUUGGAUUGUGGAAUAAUAUUGUUCAUAAUAAUACUGUUCAAAUACAUUGGACUCUUAAUUUAAUUGUUGAUGUAAGAUUAUCUCUUUUGUCAUUCUUAGCUACAUGCUAGAGUUGUAGACAACUUAGUUGAGUAGAAGAUAUCUUGUAUGGUGGUGGACAGAACUGAACUAAAUACACAAAAAUCAUGAUUGCCUGUUUUAAGUUCAUGGUGUUCUUAUCAAGAGCCGUGAGUCUUGCCACUAGAAUAGAAUCAAAUAGGAUGGCUAAUGUUUGUAUAUUCAUUCUUAUGUGUGUCAGUGUGAAGUUAAUCAAGUGCUAACAUUUUGUUAGUGUUGAAUGAGAAAUUUGUAUUCGUGUCAUCUUGAACAAAUUUCUAUUUGUUGAUCAAAUUAUUUUAUAGAUUUAUAUGUUCUGUAGUCCUAUUAUACUGUGUGCUUGUAUAUUCAUUCUUAUGUGUGUCAGUGUGAAGUUAAUCAAGUGCUAACAUUUUGUUAGUGUUGAAUGAGAAAUUUGUAUUCGUGUCAUCUUGAACAAAUCUCUAUUUGUUGAUCAAAUUAUUUUAUAGAUUUAUAUGUUCUGUAGUCCUAUUAUACUGUGUGCUGUAUAGACGGACAUAUAUCUUUAUAAAUUUAGACUUGUAUCAUUAUAAAUAUUUAUUCAGCACUAACUGUACAGAAUCAUUCAUGAAUAUCACCUUAAUAUUACCUUAAUAUCAUUUUAAUAUUUAGUAACUUAUGAGGUUUGAUUGCAGGUUUUGUUGUAAUUGAACCAAACCAGAAUCUGCUUCUUAAUGACAUAAUUUAAUAUUUCCAUUCAUUUUUUUUUUAUUACACCAUGUCACUCAUAUUUGGAUUUGAGUUUAUAAUGAAAGAUAAUUAGGUCAAUGGAUUCAAAACUCAACAUUUAUCUAGUUGAAGUUUUUGUCUGACUUUUUCUUUGUCCUCUAAACUUGUAUAUUAAUAAAUCUACCAGUAGCUGCAGAGAAUUUGUAUGUACACAAGUUGUCAUUGUUCAGUGUUUCAAAAGGUAAAGAAAUAAAGUUUAGCUAUUUUAGUAGAAGAAAAUGAAGGGCCCAUCAAAAGGUCUUCAAUUAAUUUUUUGAGGCAAAAAAGAAACAAGUUUAAUUAAUUUUUUAUGUUUAGCAAUGUAAAGAUUAACAUUCGUUAAAUUAACAUUUUUUAUUUAUAAAUAGUUGUUUUAUGUUUUCCUGGUAUGAAAUGGUAUCAUGACAAAUUGACAUUUCUCAUGCCAGGAUUGUCUCUUUUAUUGACAUUUUUUAUAGCCCUUUAUAACAAAUCUUUUUUUUUCUGUCAUUAAUGUUCACUAUUUAAGUGUUAAAUGAAUUAUAGAUCUGUACAGAGCGUUCAUGUCUUGAGUGUUUAAUUGUUAAAAUCAAAAUUAGUGAGUUUUUAUGUUCUAACCACUUUUGUUUUGACAUAUUGCAUCUUUCUCAACUUCACUGUAAGUGGUCUGCAUUAAGCAUGGAGUCACAACAAAUGUUUAUCCUUCAGAGCAGUCUCCAUUUUUAUAUUUUAUUCAUGUUGAAUGUGUCAUGUUCUAAUAAGCCAUUUAAUUUUGUGUGCACCAUUCCAUUCAUGCCAAACUUUUUGUCCAGUCUUACCAAAAAAAAACAACAAAAAAACCUGAGACUUCGUUUCUGCUCAUUCAAAUUUUAUUUUUCAUGAAAUCAAUUUUUUAAAAUCUUUUUUUGUUAUGUGCAUGACCCUAAAUGCCAUCACUGACCUAUGUAUUGGAGUGUACUUUAAGUUACACAAGAUGUGAACCUUUUUCUUCUCUCUCCCUAAAUCCUGUUUACUUCCCCCCCCCCCCCCCCAACUCUUGCCUUAGAGCUAGUGUAAUAUUAGAAGUGUAUUUUGACUUUGAUAAGCUUCCAUUUUCUCAACAUCACUCUUCAUUACCCAGACUUUGUACUGAUUCUUUGUUAAAUAAAACCUAAGCCAUGGCUCUUCAAACAACCCUGAACUAUACAUUUUUCAACCCUGAUCUAUAUAAUUAUUCUGAGAUUUUUAUUUCCCACACUUACCUAUACAUGAAUAUGUAAAUAUAUAUUCCCGCUACAGAGACAAUUUUUUUUUUGUACAAUAAUAAUAAUCAUGCCUUUCAACAGUAAAGGUGGGGUCUUUUUUUUUCUUCCAAAAUAAUUUACUUUUCACUUAACAAAAACUUAUGAUCUUUACUUUUCAGAAAAAAAAAAAACUAAUUUUAAUGAUUUUCCACAUCAAUUUGAAAUAUAAAUACUGGAUGAUACUGAUCUAUAUACACUUACAAAUCUUUUGCUAUCAGUUUAAUUGUGGUUUUAGUUUACUUGGGAAUGAAUAUAUUACAGUCUGCAUAGACAUGUAACCUAAAAAACAAUGCAUUUUAUCAUCACUGCUAGCCUCUAGUGCCUAUACUGUAGUUAAAAGAUGUACUUUUAGAAUGCAUGUUAAUUAUACAGGCUGUAUUUUAUCAACUUGAAUUAAUUACAAAUAAAAAUUAUUUGGGAACUAAAAUAGUGAAAUAAGAUAAGAAAUAAUUCAUUUGUAUUCAGGCUUAUUGUAUGUGGAUAUGGAUCUAUACAUUUUGUAUGCAUAACAUAAUUCAUUGUAUUGCAUGGUCUUUUUGAACUCUGUGAUUAUAAUGCACGACUAUUUACACUAAUUUUGGUUAGAAUUCAUUGAAUAUUUAGAUCAUUUCCCUUUUUACCUUCAACCACAAACUGCUGAAUAGUUCAAAUUAUUCACAAAGCUCAAUUCUGAUAUCAAAGUACAGAUUUUUUUUCAAAAGCAUCUAACCCCGCUACAUAGUGAGUUGACUCCCCUUCUAAUUCAUUGAACUAUAUAUAGCAGUUCUUAAACAUUGGUGACAUUGGACUGUAAGCAAAAGUCACUUUUUGCUCAUAAGUUGUUUUUGUUUGAACUUUAGGAAAUUUUCCAGCAUUUGAAAUUGCAUUGACCUACUCAACUGCGUUAUGCUCAGAUAGUUCAUAUUUGAUUUGCAUAAUUGUAGGAACUACAUUUGGUUGAAUAUUGAAUGAAAAAUCCAUUUCUAUGUUUCAUUUUGUGUAUUUGAAUGAAGAACAAAAAGAACAUUUUCUGAAUUUAAAUAAUAAAAUGUUAUCAAUUGGCUUCACAUUCAGCCCCCUUAAUGUUGGGAUCAGUUUAAUCUUCAUGUCAGAGCUUCAGUGUUGUAUUCCUAACACUCGCAGGAUUUCAAUCUGCACUAAAGAAACAGUGUUACAUCUUAGGUCUCAUGUUUUAUGUUUUCAAAGACAAAAUGUUCACCUGUUAGUUUUUUGUUUGUUUUAACUGAUGACAUGCCACCAUUCUGUAUUUGUGUUAGUCACUUUGCCAAAGUAGUAAAUGUAAAGAGACUGACUCAAAAGUUCUGAAAUGUAUUUCCAGCUUCUUUCAUUUUUUGCUUAAUUUCCCCCCCCCCCUCCCUUUUUUUUUUUCCUUUCGAUGGAUUGUCACAGAAUUAGUCUAGUGAAAUGAAAGGCCAGAAUAUAUCUGGCCAAAUUAGAACCGUGCUAACCUGAAUAAGAACCCAAUCUGGCACAUUGAAAGGUUUAUCUGACACAACCGUCUGUGUGAAUGUGAACCAAGUGUAGACAUUUUGAGUUUUUGUUCCAAUGUUUGUUUACAAGGAAAGACUGUAUGAUCAGAGUAAUCACAUAGGACCUGCAGUAAGCCUUAAUUACAUUGAGCUCUCUGCUUGGUCAUAUUAAGAAAUGUUUAAUACAAUUCUAGGAGCACUCCCCUGUCACACCCAUCACAGCUACCCCUCCCCCCCACUUUUUUUUUUGUAUGUUAAUAUGAUGUAGGUUUAGUGAGACAACUGGCUUGUUAGACAUCAAAACUUUGUAUUUGAAUACAGCAAAUGACUUGACCUACUUACAUACUUGUUCUUGCUUCUGACAUCCACUUGUUGUCUAUGUGGUGCUCUGCUAUGCAAAUUGUUUUGUGUGUGCUUCCUUCAACCUUCUAGUGGGCACUUCCUAUAUGGGAGGUAACUGCUCUAAUCAUUAAGAGGCAGACUUGAAGGGCUGGGGAAAUAUUGAUCUGCUACCUGCCAACUUUAAAUGGAACAUAAAAAAAAGUGUUUUUGCUUGUGCCUUGUUGCACCUUUGUCACAUUUUAUAAGGCACCUUUGUCACAUUUUUUUUCUUUGGUCUAAUAUGUGCUUUGACUGAGCACAUGGAUGACCUGCUUGUUUAUUCUCUGAUCUGUUUGGAAUAACAUUUCUCAUUGUUUUGUUGUAUGAGCUAUAAUCCACACAUCAGUUUUCAGUUCCUUUGUUUUGUUGGCUUUUGUUAUUCAUCAUGGUGCAUUACUGUUUUUUUUUUUAUUAUACAAUUUAUUAAAGAACAAUGGGAAAGAUUUUGUUUAAAUAUGGUAAAUUAAUUGCAACAUUACUUUAUAUCCCUGCUACAUUGGAACUAAGAAUCAAGUUAGAGACUACCAGGUGUGGAAAGGUCAAGAAACAAUGUCCAAAUGAACAAUCACUUAAGUAUGUACAAGAGAACUGUUGUAUAAACAUCAAACCAUUAAUGGAGACACAGAGCCACUGGAAUAUGUAAUAAAUACUAUGUCAAUUCUCUGAAUCAGUAAGAUUUGUUAUUUGUUUAAUUAAUUUGUCACAAAGCAUUUUUUUUUAUUAUUGUGAAGCCAUUCUCAUCCAGCCCUCUUCUCAAUAUCGGGCACUAAUUUAGCAAUGUUUUAUCAAUUAAUAUCAGUCUUUCUUUUGUACUUGAGUGUCUAUGUGCUGCCUGUGUGAUACUUGCAUUUUUUAAUGAUCAUAAAUAGAAUAAAAUGUCAAUGUGGCCUCACUGCACUCCCCCACAGUCCCCCAUUCCAACAUCUUGCACCUGAUGUAAUGUGAUGUACUUUCUGUUUCGUCUGACUAUAACAUUUGAUUCGUUUUUUUAUUACACUUGCCUAUAUAUAUAUAUAUAUACAAAUAUUAAAUGAUUUGUUACAAUGUAAA